AUGCGGGCUCACUUUGUGCUCCCGUCACUGCUCGGGGCGAUCGCUUUACUCGCCUGGCCAGUGUCGGUCUCCUCAUCCAUCACCUACUGUUCGUCCGUGAACACGGGAUCUUCCCAAGCCGCAAAUGAGAGUACGUUCCAGUCCAACGGUCUCUGCGAGGACCAUUGCAGUUCCUAUGCGUUCGGUAUCCUGCAAGGCUACGACUGCUGGUGUUCGAACAUUGCUCCGAAUUCUGCAACCAACGUGAACAACUCGAAAUGCAGCCAAGAUUGUCCCGGAUACCCGGAUGAUAGCUGUGGAAGCACUUCUAAAGGCCUGUAUGCCUACGUCGAAGUCGUUGGUAACCAGCCUUCGGGCACCGCGACCGUCUCUUCAACAUCAACCACAUCAACUUCGGUCAGUAAAUCUCUUGGCCGGUAUCUUUGUGAUCGCACUUGUGAAGGAUGCGCAUUACGGGGCUCGCUUGGAACCCAGUUCGAUCAAACAUCGUCGACGCAGUCGUCUUCUACGACAUCAGCUGCCACUACAACUACUGGCCAGACUGUGUCGACCGAGACCAAUGCCGGGGGUACGGUCAAGACGGUCACUCGUGCAGCAUCACAGCCAACCGCGACGGCGUCCAGUACUGGCACGACGUCCAAGUCCACUAGCAGCUCGGGCAUGAGCUCAGGAACGAUUGCUGGUAUUGUGGUGGGAUCCAUUGGAGGUGCCCUUGCAAUCAUUGCUCUGCUAUUCGUUCUUUUCUUCGCAAAACGCAACCAGCGUGCGAGCAGCCCUGAUCCAAGUGUACAGAACAUCCUACUGGACGGAAGACAAAGCAAAGGCUCACAGAUGAGUUUCAUGAAGGGCAUGUUUUCCGAUAACCAUAGUCAUACGCUAUCGGCCGGAUCGUCGAUCGCCGCUCACCGUUUGCCAACAUUUACGGACAACCGCAUGAAGACCGAUACCGUUCUGUUUGCCAAUGGUCGUCGUGACAGCGAUGCAUCGCUGCAAGACAACGAGGACUAUUCUCGUCCUGUUCUACGGCUCACGAACCCGGACUAA